AUGCCCGAGACGGGCGCGCCAGCCCCGGGCUCGCAGGAGGGCGAGCGGCAGAGGCGAGCCCCGGCGGACGCGGAGCCGGCCCCGGCCGGGGUCUUGGACAAGCUUUUCGGGAAGCGGCUGCUCCAGGCCGGGCGCUACAUCAUGUCCCACAAAUCCUGGAUGAAGACGGUGCCCACCGAGAACUGCGACGUGCUGAUGACCUUCGCCGACACGAUGGACGACCACACACUGCUCUGGCUCCUGAACCACAUCCGGCUGGGCAUCCCCGAGCUCAUCAUCCAGAUCCGGCACCACCGGCACACCAAGGCGUACGCCUUCUUCGUCACUGCCACCUACGAGAGCUUGCUGCGUGGGGCGGACGAGAUCGGGCUGCGGAAGCCGGUGAAGGCCGAGUUCGGGGGGGGCACACGCAGCUUCUCCUGCGAGGAGGAUUAUAUCUACGAGAACAUCGAGAACGAACUCUUCUUCUUUACCUCCCAGGAACGGCAGAACAUCAUCAGGUACUGGCUGGAGAACCUGCGAGCCAAGCAUGGGGAAUCACUGCACAACAUCCAGUUCCUGGAGGGACAGCCUGUCAUCCCCGAGUUGGUGGCCCGCGGCGUCAUCCAGCAGGUGUUCCCCGUCCACGAGCAGAGAAUCCUCAACCGGCUCAUGAAGUCCUGGGUGCAGGCAAUCUGCGAGGCCCAGCCCUUGGACGAGAUCUGCGAUUACUUUGGGGUGAAGAUCGCCAUGUACUUCGCCUGGCUCGGCUUCUACACCUCGGCCAUGGUGUAUCCCGCCGUCUUUGGCUCCAUCCUCUACACCUUCACCGAGAACGACCAGACCAGCCGAGAUAUCUGCUGCGUGGUCUUUGCCAUCUUCAACGUCAUCUGGGCCACGCUCUUCCUGGAGGAGUGGAAGCAGCGGGGGGCUGAGUUUGCCUACAAGUGGGGGACCCUGGACACGCCUGCCGAGUCCAUUGAGGAGCCCCGGCCACAGUUCAGGGGCAUCAAGAGGAUCAGCCCGGUGACCAACGUGGAGGAAUUCUACUACCCGCCAUGGAAACGCCUGCUCUUCCAGUGCCUGGUCAGCCUGCCCGUCUGCCUCAUCUGCCUCUCCUUUGUCUUCCUCGUCAUGCUGGGGUGCUUCGAGCUGCAGGAGUUUGUGCUGAGCAUCAAGGAGCUCCCCCGGCUCAUCCGCUUCCUGCCCAAGAUCGCCUUGGCCCUCAUCGUCACAGCCUGCGAUGACGUCUACAGAAAGAUCGCGUACUGGCUGAACGACAUGGAAAACUACCGGCUGCAGAGUGCCUACGAGAAACACCUCAUCAUUAAAAUCGUCCUGUUUCAGUUUGUAAAUUCAUACCUAAGUCUUUUCUACAUCGGUUUCUACCUCAAAGACAUGGAGCGGCUGAAGGAGCUCCUGCUCAUCUUCUCUCUCUCCCAAAGCCUCGUGCGUCAGCUCAGAGACGCUCUCCUUCCCUUCAUCACCCUUCAGCUCCACCUCUUUCUCAUCUCCUUUAAGGGCCUCCUGAGCUUUGGCUGGAGCCUGGCCGUAUCCAAAAUGCUGGCCACGCUGCUCAUCACCCGCCAGUUCCUGCAGAACAUCAAGGAGGUCUCCCAGCCCCACCUCUACCGCAAGAUCCAGCGGGGCGACCUGAGCCUGCAGAACAUCCGCGACGUCUCCCACACCAUCUUCCGCCUGCUCGCCCAGAGAUACACGGCGCCAGAGCAGCCGGCCAGGCCGGGCCCCGAGCCCGAGGGGGCAGGCGAGGGGCCCCAGGGGGAGAAGUGCCUCAACGGGGGUUGUGGCGUCCCCGAGGAGGAGGAGGAGAAGCGGGAGUCGGACUCGGAGGACGAGAGCAUCCUGGACUGCGGGCUCAAGCUGAAGAAGGUGAGCUUCAUCGAGCGGGCCGAGCGCCGGGGCCGGGAGCUGGGUGCCAUGGAGGACGCCAGCUUCCUGGAGGAGGGCAGCCCCACUAUGGUGGAGAAGGGCAUGGACCCCGCUUCCGUCUUUGAGCUAGCCGAGGACGAGGAGGAGAGUGAGGGGCCCUCUGGCAGCCCCCUCCCAGAAGCCAAGGAGCUGGCGGUGACCCUGCGGGCUCGGCGGGGCCGGGUGGCCGAAAGCCAGGAGGAAGAGGAGGAGGAGGAGGGCAGGAAGCGGAACCGGGCUUCCUGGAUUGACCCACCGGAGGAGAACUACUCCCCCCACCUCACCCAGGCCGAGGUGGAGAGCUGCAUGAAGAAGUACGAGGACACGUUCCAGGAUUACCAAGAGAUGUUCAUCCAGUUUGGCUACGUGGUUCUCUUCUCCUCCGCCUUCCCCCUGGCCGCCCUGUGCGCCCUCAUCAACAACAUCAUCGAGAUCCGCAGCGACGCCUUCAAGUUGUGCACCGGCCUGCAGCGCCCCUUCGGCCAGCGGGUGGAGAGCAUCGGGCAGUGGCAGAAAGUGAUGGAGGCCAUGGGCGUCCUGGCCAUCGUGGUGAACUGCUACCUGAUCGGUCAGUGCGGGCAGCUGCAGCGGCUCUUCCCGUGGCUCAGUCCGGAGGGAGCCAUCAUCUCCGUGGUGGUGCUGGAGCACUUUGCCCUGCUCCUGAAGUACCUCAUCCAGGUGGCCAUCCCUGACAUCCCGGCCUGGGUGGCGGAGGAGAUGGCGAAGCUGGAGUAUCAGCGCAGGGAGGCCUUCAAGAAACACGAGCGGCAGGCACAGCACCACUACCAGCAGCAGCAGCGGCGCAAGCGGGAGGAGGAGGAGCGGCAGCGGCAAGCCGAGUACCACGCCCGCAAGGAGCGCGAGACCAGCCGGGACGAGGGGAAGCCCGAGGCAGCCGGGCAGGACGCCGGCCACGAGAAGAGCCAGGCCAAAAUUAAAGGGGCCGGCGGCUUGUCCCACAGCUCUGAGAAGCCCAAGAGGCCCAGCUCCCUGCUGGCCACCAACAAUGUCAUGAAACUGAAGCAGAUCAUCCCACUGCAGAGCAAGUUCCUGUCGGGGGGUGGCGCCGGGGCAGCCAGCACCACCACGGCCCAGUCCCCGACCGGCAGCGAAAACAAACUGCCCGGCUUCCUGAGCUUCAAGUUCCUGAAGUCGCCGGAGACUAAGAGGGACGGGGGCACCGAGAAGGUCCAGUCGCCCACCAAACCGUUCAACCCGGGCAAACUGUUCAACUUCGGCAAGUCCGAGGGGGCUGGGGGAGCCGGGGCCAGUGGCAACGGCGCCCCCCCGCCGCAGCGGCCCGGCCCAUCCUUGGAGGGUGGCGAGAAGCAGCCGCCCAGCAAAGCCCACCUCAAUGGGCUGGUGGAUGAGGGUGGCGUGGAGGAGGGUGAGCUCAGAGCCGAGGAGGAGAGCACAGGCCAUAAACUCUAA